CAUUCAGAAAGAGGUGGCCAGAGCAUGUCUGGGCUCUUUUCCAGCUACUGUUGGUAUCAUUUAUCUCUCAAACGGAAGAAUUGAUGUGUCAGCAAAGAGGUGAUCCUGAGAAUCCUCAGCUAUCUAAAGAUGGUGACAUUAUACUAGGGGGAAUCUUCUCUUUCUACAUUAGCUGGAAAGACAGACAAGAAACCUACACAAACAAACCCCUGCCAGUGCAGUGCACCAGAUCAGUCCAUAUGCCACCUGUGCUUGUCUCAGUGAUAAAUCCAAGUACCCAUCCUUCCUCAGAACAAUACCCAGUGACUACUAUCAGAGCAGAGCUCUGGCCCAGCUCGUCAAACACUUUGGUUGGACUUGGGUUGGAGCUAUUAGAAGUGAUGAUGAUUAUGGAAAUAAGGGCAUGGCUACAUUCACAGAAACAGCUCAGCAGCUGGGCAUCUGUCUGGAGUAUUCUGUAGCUUUCUUCAGGACAGAUCCACCAAACAAGAUACAAAAUGUGAUUGACAUCAUCAAGAUUUCCACUUCCAAGGUCCCUGUGUCAGUUUGCAGUGAGAAAUGUUCCCCGGGAACUCGUAAGGUUCUCCAGAAAGGAAAGCCUGUCUGCUGCCAUGACUGCAUAAGAUGUGCAGAGGGAGAAAUGAGCAACACCACAGAAGAGCUGGUGUGUCAGCACAGAGGUGAUCCUGAGAAUCCCAAACUCUCUAAAGAUGGUGACAUUAUACUGGGGGGAGUCUUCCCUUUUUACAGCAGCUGGAAAGACAGACAGGAAACCUACAUUAACAAACCUCUGCCAGCAGAAUGCACCAGGUAA